AUGAAGUACAUUCUGGUUAUUUCUGUGGUGCCUGGCGCUCUUGCCUCUCUCAACUGCACGGCCACGGCAAAUGUCAAGACAUACUGCUGCCCAGACACCAACUCCGAGGUAGUCAAGACCGGUCCCGCGGGCGCCCUCAUCAUGAUGGGCUGCGCCGCCGACAACACCAACAAGAACUGGUACUGGAAUUACAACGGCCUGUACACGGCCUAUUCGACCCAGUUCAAGGACUGCUACCUGAACACCAUCCCCUUCAACGAUCUCAAAGUCCUUCCGGACUGCAAGGACGAUACCUACGUGCUCGACCUCACUCGUGGCAAAUCCGGGCCCCUUGACAAGUGUAACCCCAACUGCGUCAGCCAGAACAAGUUUCCCGCGAACACCUACUUUGGUGAUCGACAGAAGGAGACCAACAUGGCUUCGGACUUCCCGCGUCCGGGUGGGAGCGGUGGUGGGUGGCCAUGGAGGGGCAGGCAGCGACGGACUUGA